GAAUUAAUUACCAAUACUUGACCCAAACCCGAACCUAAACACCAGAUCCAUCGUCAUCAUCCAUCCAAUCAAAUUGACUCAUCGUGUUGUGACCUCCCAGUGAUUAAGCCGCGACUCCUCCUAACUCGUAAUCCCUCACGUCUCUGAGAAUUCUCAGUUUCUUCAGUUUCAUUGCAAUUCAAUUCCCGAUCUGAUCCGUUCCUGCUUAGAUCGGAGCAAAACAAUGGCGGAGAUGGCGGAUAAGGCGAAAGUGGAGGAGAUGGAUUGGGAAGGUAUUGAUGGAGUUCGUAUGACUUGGAACCUUUGGCCUCGCACUAAGGUUGAAGCAAGCAAGUGUGUGAUUCCUCUCGCCGCUUCAAUUUCACCGAUCCGUCGUCACCCCCUUAUCCUUGAUCUCCCUUAUGCUCCUCUCGAUUGCAAGACUUGUAAAGCUCUUCUCAACGCCUUCGCUCGUGUUGAUUUCGCCGCUAUGAACUGGGUCUGUCCUUUUUGCUAUCAUAGGAAUCAUUUCCCUUCUCAUUACCAUUCGAUCUCUGAGAUUAAUCUCCCUGGUGAGCUUUAUCCCCAGUACACUACUGUUGAGUACACGUUGCCUCCUGAUCCGUCUCGUGUGCCUCCACCACCUGUGUUUGUGUUUGUUCUCGAUACGUGCAUGAUUGAGGAAGAAUUGGGAUAUGCCAAAUCGGCUCUUAAGCAGGCGAUCGGGUUGCUUCCGGAGAAUGCUUUGGUUGGGUUUGUGUCGUUUGGUACUCAGGCUCAUGUGCAUGAAUUGGGGUUCUCUGAGAUGUCUAAAGUUUUUGUCUUUAAAGGCAAUAAAGAAGUUACCAAGGAUCAAAUUUUGGAUCAGUUGGGGCUUGGGUCUUCUUCGAGGAGAGCUCCUACUUCUGGGUUUUCUAAAGGAGCGCAAAACGGAUUCCAGAGUUCCGGUGUUGACAGAUUCCUGCUGCCCGCUUCGGAGUGUGAAUACACACUGGACUUGCUUUUGGAUGAGCUCCAAUCAGACCAGUGGCCUGUUCAGCCAGGUCAUCGUCCCCAACGAUGCACAGGGGUUGCAUUGAGUGUAGCUGCAGGAUUGCUUGGAGCUUGCUUACCUGGAACUGGUGCUAGAAUUGUAGCUUUGGUUGGAGGUCCAUGUACAGAGGGCCCUGGAACGAUUAUCUCAAAGGAUUUGUCAGAUCCUGUGCGCUCCCACAAAGAUCUAGAUAAAGAUGCUGCUCCUUAUUAUAAAAAAGCUGUAAAGUUUUAUGAUAGUAUUGCAAAGCAGCUUGUCGCUCAGGGUCAUGUGUUAGACCUUUUCGCUUCUGCACUUGAUCAGGUCGGGGUUGCUGAAAUGAAAGUAGCCGUUGAAAGUACCGGUGGUCUCGUUGUUCUGUCUGAAAGUUUUGGCCAUUCUGUAUUUAAAGAUUCCUUUAAGAGGAUGUUUGAAGAUGGCGAGCACUCUCUUGGUCUCUGCUUCAAUGGCACGCUUGAGAUAAAUUGUUCAAAAGACAUCAAAAUUCAAGGGGUUAUCGGGCCUUGCUCAUCAUUAGAAAAGAAAGGUCCCAAUGUUGCUGACACAGUCAUUGGAGAGGGGAAUACCAGUGCUUGGAAAUUGUGUGGCCUCGACAAGAGUACCUGCUUGACUGUAUUCUUUGAUCUAUCUUCAACCGGGUCAACUGCUCCUGGAGCUUUAAAUCAGCAGUUGUAUUUGCAGUUUAUCACAAGAUACCAAAACUCUGAAGGUAAAAGUUUGGCCCGGGUUACAACUUUAACCAGACAGUGGGUAGAUACUGCUGUGAGCACAGAGAAUCUUGUGCAAGGCUUUGACCAAGAAACUGCUGCAGUGGUUAUGGCAAGAUUAACUUCCUUAAAAAUGGAAACAGAGGAGGGAUUUGAUGCAACUCGGUGGCUAGAUCGGACUCUCAUUCGUCUGUGUUCAAAAUUUGGUGAAUAUAGAAAGGAUGAUCCAACCUCGUUUACGCUGAAACCAUAUCUUACAUUGUUCCCUCAAUUCAUGUUUAACCUGAGGCGGUCACAGUUUGUUCAGGUCUUUAACAAUAGUCCUGAUGAAACCGCAUACUUCCGCAUGUUGCUAAACCGGGAAAACAUUUCAAAUGCAAUUGUCAUGAUCCAACCUUCUCUGACGUCAUAUUCAUUCAAUUCAGGACCUCAGGCAGCUUUGCUGGAUGUGGCUUCCAUUGCAGCUGACAAGAUUCUUCUAUUAGAUGCAUAUUUUAGUGUUGUUGUCUUCCAUGGAAUGACUAUAUCGCAAUGGCGAAACAUGGGUUAUCAUCAUCAGCCUGAACAUGAGGCCUUUGCUCAGUUAUUGCAAGCUCCGCAAGAGGAUUCCCAGAUGUUAGUCCGGGAGCGUUUCCCAGUCCCGAGAUUAGUUGUGUGUGAUCAACAUGGAUCACAGGCAAGGUUUUUAUUGGCUAAGCUGAAUCCAUCAGCGACUUACAACAAUGCAAACGAGAUGUCAGCUGGGUCAGACAUAAUCUUCACUGACGAUGUGAGCCUGCAAGUCUUUAUUGAACAUCUUCAGAAACUGGCCGUGCAAUCCUGAGCAAAGUAGUCACAGUCCCAGUUUGUUUUUUGCUUAAAUUAUCUAUAUCUUCCUGAUUACCCGCAUGCCCGUUUGUACUAUUUUAGAGCUCUUUGUUAUUUUGGUCUCACAUAAAAUACAUCAUAGUUGGAAGUCUUUUAUUUGCAUUGGGAUUUGUCUGGAGUACAGAGAUUUACUAUUUGCUUCUUCUUUCUUUUUUUUUUGGGAUGAAAUCUCUUGUAUGAUUGAUCAAUUAUAUGGUUUGGGUCUGUGGCUUUAGUACUUUUGGUCCUUGGACAACUUCUCUGCUUCUGAUCCAGUAUGUUGCGCUACUGCGUUUAAUUUAAAAAAAUCUCUUCCAAUAAUUAUUUUUUGCAAGUUUACCCUCAACUUGCAAAAAUGAAGAUCAAAC